CUCGGUGUCUGCACGGGCUGAGGCGCGCCGCGAAAGCUGCUCUUGGGUUUCGCUCUAAGGGACGGGACAGAAAGCCGCGAAAUGGACGAUUUCCACUCCAUCUGCCUGCUCUCCCUGGCCAUGCUGGUUGCCUGUUAUGUGGCGGGGAUUAUCCCCCUGGCAGUUAACUUUUCAGAGGAGAGAUUAAAGUUGGUGACUGUUUUGGGUGCUGGGCUGCUGUGUGGAACUGCCCUGGCUGUCAUUGUGCCAGAAGGAGUACAUGCACUUUAUGAAGACAUUUUGGAGGGGAAGCAUCGCCCAGCAAGUGAGGUGCAGCAUGUGGUGGAGUCGGAGAAGGUAGCAAAAAUCCCAGUUGUGCAUGAGUAUGGCCAUGACCAUGAAUAUGGCCAUGACCAUUCCAGGUUGCACGCCUACAUUGGCGUUUCCCUUGUCCUUGGCUUUGUCUUCAUGCUCCUAGUGGACCAGAUAGGCAGCUCUCAUGUGCACUCUGCAGAUGAUCCAGAAGCUGCAAGAUCAGGCAAUUCCAAAAUCACCACAACAUUGGGAUUAGUGGUCCAUGCUGCAGCUGAUGGUGUUGCAUUGGGUGCAGCAGCCUCCACAUCCCAGACUAGUGUCCAGUUAAUAGUGUUUGUUGCGAUUAUGUUGCACAAGGCACCAGCUGCCUUUGGCCUCGUUUCCUUCCUGAUGCAUGCUGGGCUGGAACGGAAUAGAAUCAGAAAACACUUGCUGGUCUUUGCAUUGGCAGCACCUGUUAUGUCCAUGGUGACAUACUUAGGGCUAAGCAAGAGCAGCAAAGAAGCCCUUUCAGAAGUCAAUGCCACCGGAGUUGCAAUGCUUUUUUCUGCUGGGACUUUUCUUUACGUUGCAACAGUUCAUGUCCUCCCAGAAGUGGGAGGCAUUGCUCACAGCCACAAACCUGAAUCAACUGGAGGAAAAGGACUCAGCCGUCUGGAGGUGGCAGCCCUAGUCCUAGGAUGCCUUAUUCCUCUGGUUUUGUCCAUUGGACACCAUCACUAAACACUUGGAAUUCACCAUUCUCCUUGAUCUCCUUGAUUCGACCUGAGCAGUAAAUGUCGGCUGCUCCCUUUAUCGUUGUCUGUCUUACCAUCAUGCAUCCCAUCUACUUUCAUGGAGUUCAGAGGGAAGCUUGAUUGCAAAAUGAGGAAUACUGGGAAAGUUUUUAGUGUAGCAAAAUGUGCUUUGGCAGCCGGACAUUAAUUCUAUGUAAUUUUCUUUUUUUUGAAGACAUUUCUAUUUUAAUUGUUACUUCUGGCCCUAAUCUCAGGGAGGAUGGAAUUUGGAGUUGAAGGUGAGUGGGGAAGAAUUUAGUGGCUCAUCAUGAACUUGCAGUCACCCAAGUAUCUUGCAAUUGAGUUUUCACAGAUGAUAAAGGAACAAAAAAGGGCAAAGGAUGGCUGCCUUUUAGAAGGUUGAAGUCUUCUUACUGGUGAAGUAGGGGUUUCUCCCCCCUUGGUUUUAUAUUGUCCUGGCAGUGUGAUUGUUUUUUGUAAUGUUUGUCACAAGCAGUGUUGUAGAGGUGACUUGCACUUCGGACAACACUGCUGUUGUGAUAGAAGUAUCACUGGUAGGAAAUAAGUUCUGGACAACAUGUACAGUUAAUAUAGGAGAUGAGAAUUCAGCUUGGUCAAGCGCAGAUGAGUUCUGCAGAGCAUUCCAUUAUUUAAGACAAGGGGUGGAAGUGAGAAGAAUAUUAUUUGGAUUGUUUAUGCAGUUGUUGGUAACCUUAAAAAAGGCAGAACAUCUUGGAAGAUGAUCUUUCAGCAAGUCAAUAAAGUGUAGGCACUAAAAAAGUUAGCAGAAAUUAAAUAUUUGGUACCGUGAUUACACUACUUCUGUGCUUGAGAAAGAAAUCCACAAUGUCUUUUGAAAUCAAGCAGUUCUGUGCUCUGAGGAAUAGAAAUCUGAUGGAAACAGCUGUUGAGGGACCAGAGAACUUUACUAGCUCUUCUUUAAAACUUUGAACCACAGAAAUCAGCAGGGUAUGUGUUUUAUUCUUUUUUUUUCCUCAUUAAAUAAAAAGUAUUAAGGCUAACACAACGAGAUCUUUGGUUAAAUAUUUAUACUGCAGAUAGCAUAUGAAGUGCAUCUAAAGCAGUUCUAAACGAAGCAAGCUGUUGGGUUUUCAGGGGACACGUUAGGCAUUUUAAUUUGCCUUUGGGAAUCCUACAUUCACCUCUGGUAAUCACGAGUUUUGAUCAAUCUACUUGAGGAUUUAUGGCCAACUGCUGAUGCCUGUCAGUGUAGAUGGGUGAUAAAACAUCCUUUCCAAGGCAUAGCCUUCCCUUGUCGGGCAUCUUUUUCUCUCCUGCAAAAUACAUUAUGCUCUAAAAACUGUGAUGUAUUAAAAACCCCGUGAUGCUUGACAUGCAAAGACUCAAGACAUAAUUUUUUUUUUUAGGGGGGGCAAAAGGUAAACCUUUUAAUUCUGUGCCCAUGCUAAGCUAUAUUCUGUCUGCACUUUUUGAAGUAAUAUUGCCAAAUACUUUUCUGUUCUUAGUUUUUUGUUUAUUUGAAAUGGAGCUUCCAAGCUUGAAUAGUUGUUUUCCUGAAGUGCUUAUUGUUGCCAUUUGAAUGUAGGUUCUUUUUUCUCUCUUUUUUCCCCCCCUCUAACACCAUUUACUGCUUAUACUACAGAGGCCAUGGUGCCUCUUAACUUUACAUUUCUGUAACUGUUCCGUUUGUCCAUUAGUUCAACAAGAGUUAUUGGCUUGACUUCUGGGCUCGCGGGCGCUCUGUUUGCUUCACAACAGCACAGAUGUACUCCAGGGUUGAAUUUAGUAAUAAUUCCUGGGAUUGCUUGCUAGGACACAAGAGAAUAUUUUCAAGUAGAAUUCGUGCACGAGAUCGAAACGAUCUUCUUUGACGGUAGCCUUCCACAAAAAAAUUUGUCCCAGAAAGCCAUUGUGUAAAUACUGACAGAGAGGAGAUCCUCUCGGGCCCCUUGCAGUUGCUUUUUUCACCCUACAAGUGCAGCUCCCAAGUCGCCUGUUCGUGGGUGAGUGCUGCAGGUUACAGAGCUCCCAGCGCUCGCCCUGUUUGCCCUAAUUAGUCCUUCAUGAUCUCACUGUCCUGCUCACAGGAAUUGCCAGCUCUGCUGGAGAGGCAGCUCUGUUCCACAGCAGAUGCUAAUGUCCCAUGGAAGAAUGAUUAUUUUUAUUAUUAUUAUUAUUUUUAAGUGUGUUGUCUGCUGAAGUGUACAAGUCGAGCCAUUUUUCUUUUCCUCCCACUGCACCUGAGACGGUUUCCAUUGCAGAGUGAUUGUUUUUUCCCUUGCAAACCAAGCCAAAGAUGGGUGAUGCUGACUUGCAGCAGCUUGCAGAGCACCUGCUUUAACUUUUGUUUUUCUGCAGGAGCCUUGGGUUUCUCUCAUAACUGCUAGUUCAGUAGCCUUUAGGUAGAGCACACAUGAUCUGGAGGCUCAGCUUGGUGAUGAAAGUGUCCCCCAGUUAAGCUAGCAUCAAGACUUCGUGCUUAUUUGAUGUUUAACAGUUACCGUGGUUAGGGAGCCAUGCAGGUAAGGUCUCCUGCAGUGGGUUUGUACCUCUGUACCUGUACGGUACCUUUUUCUAUGGACAUGUGUGUUGAAUCUGAUGGAAGAUGCUACAGUCAGCCUGUCUGCAGCUGCCUGAACCGCCGGCAUGUUCAUCAUAACAGGUUCCUUUGCUGAGAGGUCUUGCCUCUUGUUCUUCCCACCCCUCAGAUCAUGUUUGCAGCUUUUGGGACAGCCACCAGAAAUGCUAGUCCUCAAUUUAAUGAUUGAGAGGCCAAGUUGUAACAGCAGGCAAUGGUUUUUAAAUGAAAACAUGGAUAGCCCAAAGUUGGCACUGUAAGUCCAGUGACAUGUAGUUUCUGUUUUGUUACACGGCUUCUGUGGACCUCUUUCUCUGUCCAUGUAGAGCUAGCAGCAAUAUUUUCUAGAAUUUAGCUAAGGAAGCUUUUGGUUUUCUGAUAAGAGUAUGAAAUUUCCAGUGACCAAACUCUUCCAAAUUGUUGUUCUGCAUGGAGGAGUAUUUUCCUCUGGCAUGGAGUUUUAAGGAGUUAAAAUAUUUUAUUAUAUUCCUUUUUUAUCUCCUCCCCAUCUGUCACAGUAAAUCCAAGCUCUGCAUUUAGCCGGGGCCAUCUGGUGUCACUUUCUACUCCUCAGGGGACCUCGGUGUGAACAAAUUCUUCUUACUGUCCCCGUUUGGAGCAGCCACCUCUGCCUGUGCGCUCUGCCGCGAGCUAGUGGCAGUAGGUCGGGCAGGUAGCACACUAAGUGCCAGGCGUUUUUCUCCCUCUCUCCUGUAAAUCCCCCCAGUAGGAAAUCUGUAAUUGCCUCAGCUGGUUUCUCAGUUCCUGAUUUCUUAUGGGCAGUAGGAAUUGGGCUCAGGCUGUUUCCCUCAAUUCCGGGGUGUUCUGCUACUUUACUUACUAUUCUAACUUCCUUAUUCUUUGUAUAAAAAAGGGAAAUACUUUGUUUUCAGCACCUGCUGAGAGAUGCAGAAGCUGCUCUGAUGUGACUCGGACGAGGAGGGCAGAGCCAUCACGCCGGGACGGGUGUUGGUGAUAACUGUUCCGUGCAGUG